AUGAAAUUUCAUCUUAGAACAACAUUCAAGCUAAUUGUGUUGUUUGUUUCUAUUAAUAUCGCUUCCCCUGCCCCAAUUAGUGAUAUACAAGCCCUAUGGUGGAGAGAUUGUGGUGGGAAAGACCCAGUUCCUUGGAACGACUCCAAACCACUGAUUCCAAUGAAUAGAAGCAACAAUACCUUCCCACAGAAUAACAGUAACAACACUUUCCCGCAGAAUAGCACCAAUACCUCAAUUCCUCGCAAUGACACCAAUAGUACAAUUCCUCGCAAUAAGAGUAAUUGUUCAAUCCCUCAAAAUGACCCCAUCCUUACCAUUCGUCCGAUUAUUCGUAAUCCUAUGAACCACACCAACCGCCUGAUUCAUAACAACCACACCAACCGCACCAAUAAUACCAAUAAUACCAAUCAAAAGAACAAUACCAAGCAUAUUAAAGAUGAUUGCUUUGAAAAGUGGAACAUGCCAGGACUUUAUAAAGACCUUUCUGGGUCUACUAUGUUGACUAUAUUAUAUUGA